AACUGUCUCCCCCAUCAUUCUCUCGACUUCCCUUCUUCUUCUUUCUCCUCCCUCUAUCCUUCUUCUCUCCUUUCUCCAGGUUCGCAUCUCACAUUCUUUUAGUGUUGCGUUUCAGAGUCUCUUCCUCGACUCUAGUCAUUCUUUCUCAUCUUAUACAUCCUUGUUGCGUCCCUGGAUUUGCUUUUUGUGUAUUCUUUCCAGCGGCCUGAUACCCGAUUCUUCUUAUCUUCCCUCACCCCUGCAUUCUUUCAUCAUGCAGAUCAAGAAUUCCGUGCUCCUUGUGACGGCGCUGACGGCCUCCUCGGCCGCCGCCCGUCUGCACGGUCAUGAGCGCCGUCACGCUCACCCCGAGCGUCGUGGUGUUGGUGACAUGGUCUAUGCCACCAUGGGCGGCAAGGUCGUCUCCUGGAUCAACGAGUGGACCGGCCAUGCCACUACCUCCGCCGAUGAUGCCCAGGCCACCGCCUCCAGCGGUGCGACCGAUGCCAUCCCCAACGCCCCGGCCCAGCCCACCGAUGCCCCCGCCCCCAAGUCGUCGGAUGACGAUGAGGACAAGGACGAGGACAAGGACGAGGACGAGGACAAGCCCUCCGCCAAGGAGCUGACCAAGGGCAGCUGCAAGGACUGGCUGUGCAGCAAGAACGCGGGCGACUACACCCGCGAUGGCUUCGGUGAAGCCACCAAGAACAACGACCUGAGCUACAUCUUCUACACGGGCAACGUCGGCAAGCCCUGGGGCAGCAACAUCCAGGAGGUCGACAAGUCGCGCGCCUGCGAGUACGAGCACGUCGUCCGCUUCGAUGGCAGCGAGAAGGACCCCUGGACCAUCACCUUCUGGAACAAGAUGGGUCCUGACGGAAAGCUGACCGGUUGGUUCGGCCACUCCGCCCUGACCAUCCGCAUCCAGCCCGGCGAGACCAAGUACGUUGCCUUCGACAGCGACUCCCAGGGUGCCUGGGGUGCCGCCAAGGGCAACACCCUCCCCGUCAACCACUGGGGCGCCUACGCCUGCACCUGGGGCGAGUUUGACUUUGGCAACAAUGGCAACGAGGGCUGGGUCGGCUGGGAUGUGUCCGCCAUCGAGGUCAUGAAGACCACCAAGGAAGUCCAGGGCAUGAAGAUCUGCAACCAUGACGGUAAAGGCUGCUCCAGCAUCUCCAACCUCGGCAAGAAGGUCGAGAACGCCUACACCGACAAGGAGGAGGGCGUCGACGGUAUCGGUGGCCGCCACCCCCCUGGCCCUGCCCGUCUGUUGGUCAACAUCGACUACGAAUAGAUUCGUCUUCCCCUCUACUCUUUCAAUCUACUAGUCCAUUUUCUUCUCUACUCUGCUUCGUCUUAAAUCAAUUGCGUUGGAGGUGCUUUAUUUGUGUGCGGUAGCAACCACCGUCCGACCUGAUGGAACUUUUU